UAAUGAUCCGCGCCUUCCUCGUCGUAGCCCUUGCCUCCGUGGCUGUCUUCUCUGCCCCAAUCCCAGAGGUUCCACAGAACUUCGACGACAUCCCAGCCGAGUACAAGGGACUCAUCCCAGCUGAAGUUGCCGAGCACCUCAAGGCCAUCACCGCUGAGGAGAAGGCUGCUCUUAAGGAACUCGCCCAAAACCACAAGGAAUACAAGACCGAGGAAGAAUUCAAGGCUGCUCUCAAGGAAAAGUCUCCAUCCCUUUACGAGAAGGCUGGAAAGCUCGAGGCUCUCCUCACCGCUAAAUUCGAGAAACUCGAUGCCACCGCUCAGGCUCUUGUCAAGAAGAUCAUCGCCAAGGGACGUGAACUCCACCAACAAUACCUCGCCGGAGAUAAGCCAACUCUUGAUUCUCUUAAGGAACUCGCCAAGGGAUACAUCGCUGAAUACAAGGCUCUUUCUGAUGACGCCAAGGCUACCAUCACCGCUGAGUUCCCAAUCCUCACUGGAUUCUUCCAAAACGAAAAGAUUCAAGCCAUCGUCGGACAAUACGUCAACUAAGAAGUAAUAAUUAUGAUAUGGUUUUCCAAUUAUUUUCCCCCAAAAUAAAGUAUUUUAAUUC